AUGUCCGAUGGUGAGCAAGCCAGCGAAGACAGCAUCAAGGCAGCCGUACGAGAUGCCGCCAAGAAGACUCAAGACCGAUUAGCCGCUUAUCAAAAGAAGCAGGCCCUCAAAGCGGCCGCUGUUGUAGAGACUGCAAAGGAAAAGACCAAAGAAAAGGAAAAGGCCGAUAACACUGUCGCACGGAUACAUGCAUUAGUCAAUGAAUCCAAACGGUUGACGACCAAAUCCAGAGAACUCAAUACACAACCAGAUGUCCCCGCAACUCCAGCAACACGUGGCAGCAACGGCUCCAGCGCCAUUAGUAGCACUCCCAAGGGGAAGAAAUUGAGUGAAAUCUUUCAAACCUUGGGACCGACGACACCGGGUGGCAGUGGCAAUGCCAGUCUCUCGGGUGGCAUGGAUGCUGCUGCUGCCAAUAAAACUCCAUCCAAGGGAAAGAAAUUGAGCAAACUGUUUCAAUCCAUGAACAAUGUCGAUGAACGAGCAGAAGAGGAGGACGAUGAUGGGGUAUCCGUGCAAGAAAUGGUAGAAAGUACCAUCUCACAGGCCAGUUUGUCACACAUGAAGCAGAGGCAAAAAUUAAAAGAAAAACGGUCCUCCAAACAGGAGGAAGACUCAGAAUCAGAAGAUGACGAUCAAGAUGACAGCUCGGGAGAAUUCAGCAUCUUGAGUAUGGUGGAAAACAAAAAACCGCGUCCCACGGAUGAAAUUGUGGAAAAUAUGGCACAAGAAGAUAUUGAUGAUAUGAUUGAAGAAUACUACACGGAAAGCAAAGGUGCGGCUCCGGAUAUGGACGCAUCGUUGCCAUUUUUGGAAGCCAUUCUGGAAACACCCAAACCCAUGGCACCCAAGCCAAAAGUCGGGGCGGCCAACAACAAGAAGAAUCGAAAACUCAGGAGACCACAAUCCAAAGAAGAGAAAGCAGAAGAAGUAAUGGACUCUUCCAUGCCCAUUUUGGCGCCCUUUGAAACGCCGAAAGUUGAAAGACCAAAACUGCAAUCCAAAGGUAGCAGCCCCUCCAUGACAAUAGAAGAGGGAGAGGCCUCUUUGAGUCUAUCUCAAGUCAUGAGAAAUCCCAUGGAGACCGAUGACAGUGGAUCCUCGGCGGCACACUCCAAAAGUCGACGGCGCGCAUCGAAUGACUAUCAAAAGGAUGGCGAUAACAGUGGAUCCUCCGCGGCACAUCAUCGAAGUCGACGUCGUGCCUCGAACGAAUUUCAACCACCACAACAACAAAACAGCGCUCGAGGCAGGAAACUAAAUCUGGCCAAAUUGACACUUGUGGGUGAUAAUCCAAACUCGUCGUCACGACGGAGUGAUGACGAUGACGACAAUCGAAGUGUUUCCUCGGCCGUUUCCACCUCCAGUCGAAGUCGACGAUCACGAAGGAAUUUUGACGAUUCCAGAUCCUUGCGAUCCAAUCGCUCACGGUCCAAAUCCGUGAGCAACCGCCGAAAACCCAACCGACGGUCGUCUCUAAAUGGGGAAACCAAACGGGAAAAGUCCCCCAAGAGAGGACUCGGAGGAGCCAAUGUGUCCUUGAGUAUCAUCAACAAGUACCACCAAAAAGCAGAAGAGUCUCUACAAUCGUUCCAGACAGAUGAUGGUUCGAGUGUGGCAAGUGCACAGAGCAAAUCGACAGUCAACACGAAUAGCAAAAACAACAAAAACAACAACAAUGACAAACCCGAGCUGAAUGGUUCGGAUAAGCAACUCAGUGGCAGUAGCUCGACAGAUGGCAGAGAAGAGAUGGGAAACAGCUCCUCAGAUGCACUGAGCGAAAACUCUUCGCAGUCUCGUAGAUCGAUUCGACGUGGACGUUCCGCCAUGAGCGAUCGGUCCUUGCGACGAUCCACGGGUGGAAUGGACAGCAGCUCGGUUCAACGGAGUCGAAGUCGUUCCGCAGUGCGUCGAGGAGCUCCUGCGGGACGGUCGGUUUCUCGGUCCGCUUCGGCGAGACGUGGAGGUCGGCGUCCAGCUCGACGCGAAUCGUUGGAUGGUGAUCCGCUCAAGUCGGGGGGAAAUUCGUCCUUGCGAGAUGUGAGUGCACGAAAUGGCGCUGGACCGCCACUCCGUAGAACGCGUACGCUGCAGGGGCGAGACGGCAACAACAGUAUGCGGGACGUGAGUUCUCGUCGAAGGAGAACCAUAUCCAAUCGACGGGGUGCCGGGCCCAGACGAAGGGGCUCGGAGCCCGACUUGUCAGAAGCCAGUACCGCAGACGAAAUCUUGAGCUCAUUGGAUCCAAACGAUAUCAAAAUUGUGGGGUCCAAUGACAGUAGCGACAAAGGGCGGUCCUCCAAACGAAACUCACUCGCCGGACUUUCCAAACUGCAACAAUCUCCAAAAGGAAGCGACGACGAUGACGACGACGAUACGUCGGUCGCAGAGUCGGUGAAAUCCACCACCAAAAAAUCGCGCAUGGGCAAGUUUGCCCGAAAAGUUGGCCGAAAGCUGACGAUGAAGAAAAAGAAGAAAAAGAAGGAAGAUGGCAAUGACACUGGGGACGACGACGAUGAGGAUGAAACGGAAGCGGACAUGGAUCUUCAGUCGCUCGCAGACGAGUACGACAAGGAAGAAGAGGUUAUCGAGGAACAAAAAAGAAUAUCCGGUGGAUUCGAGGCCAGCUUUUCCGAAUUGGAUGAUCUAGCAGAUGAUCCGGAAGAAAAGAAAUCCAAAAAGAAGCGAGGUUCGAUCAUGGUUUUCAAAAAAUUCAGAAAAGUUGGCAGCAAAAUGGCAAAGAAGAAGAAAAAGAAGAAAGACUCAAAAGGCUCGGAAGUGUUGGGAUCUGAUUCCGACUCGGACAACGACGAGCUCGAGCUUCUGGGAUCUGAGUACUCUGGCGGUACAAUGGAUCGUUCCCAAUCAGGUUCAUCAUCCGACGAGGACGAGGAUGGUCAAGAUUUUGCCCAACUUCAAAUUGACGGCGACAAAGCGUCCAUCGCAAUGUGCGGAUCCGACGCUUCGCUGGAAGUCCCGCAAAAAGGCCGACAAGCACGAUCAGCAGCAACCAUGCGUCGACACCGUGCCGAUCGUCAGCGUGCUCAGACGCUUCAAGCAGUGUUGGGUACCCCGAAUGGACAACGUCGUGGAAAUGGUGAUGACGACGGCUCUGUCAUGACAACGGAACGAGGAGCACGGGCACGUCGAAACAAGUCUUUGCGAACUGGUCGUAUUCCUCGUGCCAAUAGGGGGGAUGACGAUGGUAUGUCAGCGUCGAGAUUGGGUGACACGAGGCGACACAAGUCGCUCAAGGGAAGAGUGGUGGGAGAAGUGGAAGACGUCAAAACACCCAAGAAAGUUCGCCGGACAAAGAGCGUUGAGGGCAUUUCCAAGCAUGACGAAGACGAUUCUCCACCACCUUUCGAUUGGGAAGCCUAUAGUGCCGAGCAAGAAACGAAAAAGGGAAAAGACAAGAAGAAAACGAAGACCGACAUCGCCAAUACUCGGAGAAUGACUGGUGGCCUCUCGAAGGUGAUUUACGCCAGCCAGACUGUUGCGAGUUAG